CCCACGAUUCAUCCGACGGACGCUGCCGGUCUCCACUCCCUCCCACCUCGCUCUGCUACUCCCCUGCUCUCCUCCAGAUUCCGCAAAUCCUCUCGUCACCUGCGUCUGAUGCGUUUCCGCUGCUGCUCUGGGCGUUUUUGAUUCGGAGGCAGUGUAUCUAGUUUGGUCAGCCUCCUCGGAGUUGUUUGACUUGGCCGGACAAGGAGCGAGGGAGGAAAGACUGCUCUAGUGCUGUGUUUCUUGGCUCGGCGGCGAUGCCGGACUCCGACAACGAGUCCGGCGGGCCGAGCAACGCGGAGUUCUCGUCGCCGCGGGAGCAGGACCGGUUCCUGCCUAUCGCGAACGUGAGCCGGAUCAUGAAGAAGGCGCUUCCGGCGAACGCCAAGAUCUCCAAGGACGCCAAGGAGACGGUACAGGAGUGCGUCUCCGAGUUCAUCUCCUUCAUCACCGGCGAGGCCUCUGACAAGUGCCAGCGCGAGAAGCGAAAGACCAUCAACGGCGACGACCUCCUCUGGGCCAUGACCACGCUCGGCUUCGAGGACUACAUCGAGCCGCUCAAGCUCUACCUCCACAAGUUCCGCGAGCUCGAGGGCGAGAAGGUGACCACCGGCGCCGCGGCAUCCUCCGGCUCCGGCGCCCCCGGUUCGCAGCAGAAGGAUCCUCCGUCCGCGCAAAAUGGCGCCGGCGGCUACGGCAUGUUCGGCGGCACUGGCGCCGGCGGAGGCGGCAUGAUCAUGAUGAUGGGGCAGCCGAUGUACGGCUCCCCGCCGGGCGCGGCCGCCGCAGGAUACCCGCAGGCGCUGCACCACCAGAUGGUGAUGGGUGCCAAAGGUGGCGCGUACGGCCACGGCGGCGGCUCGUCGGCGUCACCGUCGGGGCUCGGCAGGCAAGACAGGUUAUGACCACCGUGCCUACAUGAAGAGGCCGGGCCGGCUUCCUGGUUGGUGUGGGCGGUGCUGGCUGGCCUGCUGGUUAGCCUUCGUUUUUCUUUUUGUGAUUUGUUAUGGGCUCAAAUGAAUCAUUUCUAUGGUUAAUACCUGCUUAACCUCUUGA